AAUUUCUUCAAAAACUUUUGUUCAUAAAUUUUGCCUUGAUCGAAUCCGUGACACAACAAAUCGUGUACCAUGUUACUGUAACUCCACAUAUUAAAAGAUAAUGGACGCUGACGAGAAUUCGUCAACAAAAAGCAAAGAUAGUUCAACGUCGAUACUGCGUAGUGUAUCCAUUAGAAAACCUAGGAGAGGUACAUUAAGUGGUGGCGAUGGUACUUCAAGUACUACCAAAAAAAUUGCAACUGCUAUCAACCAGAUAGUAAAAAGACGUGCUUCAGUUUCAACUCCGAGUCAACCAAAAGAUUUGGCUGGAAUAAGUAUACCCCGUCCUGAAAUAUUAACCCGAAACACACCACAAGCAAGCCCUAGUACUUCACAGCAUUUACAAACACAAGUACACAAGUCACAACAAAUACAGCAACAACAGGUUCAACAACAAGAUCAAGAACAACGACAGUCACAAGGAAUUAUUAAUAUAAUAAGAAAUAAACCACCUCGCCCACUUAGUUCGCAUAGUACCCAUAAUAUAUCAGUAUCACCUACACAUCCUUCUUUUCCGUUAUCUGUUACUAAUGAAGAAGACUCUUCUGUAGUUAAGUCUAUUGAUGUUAUUAGUGAAUCAACUAAUAAUAGUGAUAAGCCUCCUUCACAAAGGAAAAUGAAUUCAUCGUUAUUUACAAGAGAUAAUAAGAAUGUACCUAAAGAUGAUCGAAUGGAAAAAUUGCUUAAGAAAGCAAAAAACUUUCUAGAUCAUAAACAAAGGUCAAAAGCAAGAAUUACUUCUUUAUGGAAUUUUAUCGAUGUUACGAAUGAAUUGGAUCAAGCUCAAUUCUUUCAACAACAUGCUGAAGAUGUUUUCGAUGUACUUUACAAGUCAUUUAUGGGCCAAGUCGAUAAAAUAAAACAAAAAUCGGAACGUCCAAUGUCAUUUUCAUCAAAAGAAUUUUUAAAUAUAAAUAAGACGCUACUUUUAUUACGAAAAGUCUUCUUAUUUUUACCAGAUCGAAUAAGGAGUGGAUGGCAGCGUGGAAAAAUAGCUGAAAUGUUAAAGCAUCUUCUCGAUCAUGGAAACCAUCAUCGAGUUCGAAUACAAGGAUUUCAACUUUUGCUAUUAUGGAUCAACGAUCAAACAAUAGAACUUACAGAAUGUGUGAAUUUAUAUGCAAAUGCUAUUUCUUUGGAUUUAUUCCUUCAUGAUCAAAUAAGAAUUGGUAGUGAUGAUUAUCAAGUGAAAGAAAGUACGUGGAGGAAAUUUAAUAGGCCUAUUUCGUUUGGACAAAUAUCAAUUAAAGCUGAUGAUAGAGGUCCUUUGUUCCCAAAUCCUCAUCCACCAACAUUUCAUGAUAUAUUACAAUUGAUUCAGAUGGAUCUUGGUAGUCUUGUUAAACUAGCUCAUGUUGCAGCAGGUUCAACUCCUCCUCCAGAAAAUUAUGAAUUUCCUGUUAAUGAAAAUAUUGAACCAGAUAAUGGAAUAGCUAUUGGAAUGGGAAUUGAUGCCGCGUUCGCUGCAGCAAAAUUUCAUUUUGAACUUACAAAAAAACAAUAUUUAGUAAAAUUAUUUCCUCAAUGUGCAAAGAAACUUUACUUAAUACCUGAAAAUCAAGGCAAUAUUAUGAAAAUUGGAUUUCAAAAAUGUCCGCCCUCAAUACUGCGUGCAUUUAUUACGUUCUUGAUACAUCAUUGUCUUGAUAACAAUGAGGCUAUUUCCGAUGCAAUAUCCUCGCAUCCCUCACCCGCUACACCGAUAUUAAAGUCGAUUGUAUUAGGUGCAGAAAAUCGAGAAUUCGCUCAUGAAAUUGUAAGACAAGCUCUUAUGCUACCAGCUGGCAGUCCGCUGUAUAAAGAUAUAGUUAGAGGUGCUGUUCAUAUUGUGGGAAUUUGGAUAUUAAGUGGGGAAGAAGAGAGACCGGUUUUUCUUCGUAAAUCACCGUCUUCUCCUCAACCGUCACAUUCUGCAUAUUCUUCGUUCUCUUCUUCUAUCUUUGCAUCUUCAUCUUACACGUCGUUGCCAUCACCAGAAUAUCAAAGCGAGCCAUCAUUUUCACCAGCUACUACUCCGUCAACUGUUUCUUUCAACUCAACGUAUGCUAAUGCGAAUGUUUACCUUCGCAGAUAUAUUGUAUUAUUAACACUCGUUUUUGAAGAUCAUUCUUUAUUAACAAAUGAUGGUGGAAUGGUAAAUGUUGAGGUAGAAGCACAAGUUUCUAUUUACCGAGAUGUGCUAGCAUUGUAUCGCUCAAUAAUGGCGGAGGGCCCUAUCGAAUUAGAACCAGCUACAUGGGAAACGUUGCUUUCUUCUCUUCUGGACAUACAAGAGAGGAUUAUGAAUCAAUCUAACAAAUAUGUACUAAUAUCUUCAGUUACGUUGGCUGAUGAUCUUGCAGAUUAUUUAGUUGAAACAGUAUUAUAUGCAUUUGCUCGAUCAAAAGUUCAACAACCAGAAUUAUGGCGUUCAUUAACAAACCGAAUGAGCAUUAGUUUGAGAUGGUCGCAAACUGUUUCACAAUGGGCGAAAAUUAUGUUAAGAAUGACAAAGGUACUAUCCAAGAAUAUUUAUCAUGUAGACCUCGAUGCUGUUGAAUUAAAUCGUCGUAUUUCGACAACUCCAGAGAGACAUUUCCAUAGACGACGUCCUUCAAAAAAUCGCACCCGACAUUUGUCUUUACGCGGUGCAUAUCGACAUAAAUCCUCAGGCAGUAAUUCAUCGCGUGAGGAAAUAAUGGGAACUGAUUUCUCAGUUUCUAUUAAGAAUGUAAAUGAGAGCCGAAAAUCAGGUCGCAGACCAAUGAGUAUCCAUCAAGACAUUGGCUCAUUUGAAUCAAAAUCGCAAACACUAUUAUUAAAUAUUGGGACAACAGUGUUCAGUGGUGGAUCAUCCAUACAUUCUGAAAGCAUUGCAUCUGAUGAUGAAGACCAAGGCGACGAUGAUGAUUACUUUGAUGCCAGUAGUGAGGUUGCUGCGGACGACGCAGCAGAAGUGAAGUCGAAUCGAACAUCAUCAUCAUCAGUGUUUUUUGCUCAACCUAAUUUUAGCGGGGAUAAGCUUUCAGUAUCAUUGGCUAACUUUAGGUGCCCAGAUUUUAUUCACAUUGAGGCGUUAUCAUGGAGUACAGAAAAUGCUCUGUUAGUAUGGAAGAAUUUACUUACUGCAUUAGGCAAUUUAAAUUACAUUCAGAUCUCACCUAAUCACGCCGAAGCAAUAAAAUGUAUUGUUGAUAUCGUGGAUAUGCUUAGUUUGGUUCGGAAUCACCAAUAUGGAAGAUUUUCAUCGCCUUUUCUCUUCGAUUUUUCACCCUGGCUAUUUGAAGCUUGCAAUUUACCUUUAGCAUUCGCACCAGGACGUGCAUUAGCAUAUGCUGGAUUAUGCAAAAUAAUGUCAUGUCCUCAUGAAAAAUUUGAUGAGGAAUAUUAUCCUCAUUUUUAUCGUGCUCUGUUAAAAGGGCUAUCAGAUCAAGAUUCUUCAAUAAUCCUUGCAAUUAUUAAUAAUUCAACAAAGCUCUUUUCUCAAAACCUUCCUGGUUGUAAUAUUCUUUAUUAUAGCUUUAUUGAGACAAUUCGGAAUUUGUUAUCCAAACAUGAUUAUAAUAGUAAUACUUCGGAGAUUACAAUACAUAAUUCUAUUACUAUACUAUGUUCAUUAAUUUGUAUUGUGAAUCAGUUGCCUUCUCUUCAGGUUCCAGACAUACCUUAUAAGAAUUUAGCCCAGAUGAAUGUGGAAGAUUUAAAUGAAUUAAAAUUUAGUAAAUUAGAUAGUAUAAAGUAUUCAGAGUUAAGGUUAAUGUUGCAAGAAACUUUAUUGAGUGCACUUUCAAAUGAAGAGACGAUUAGCAAUUAUGAAACACAUAAUAUGCUGUUAUAUGGAUUGUGUACUCUCGCAUUUGAUGAACUUACGGCAACUCCUUGGCCAGACAAAACAAUUAUUAAAAGUUGUCUCCAGGCUUUAUUGGAACAGUUAUAUUGGAGUCAUUUACCAGUUGUUACUGUUGCUGCAGAUUGCUUAAUAACUUUUGCUCAUAAUUCUUCGUUAUGGAGUGAUAAUGAUAGUGUAUUUUUCAUGAUUAUACAAGAUGUAUUUGGACAUUUAAUUGGAUCAUUGAAUGAACAUCUUGCAUUACAAAAAGCAUCACAUAAAAACGGAAGAGGAUUUAUAAUAGCCAAAAUAUUUUAUUGUCUACUCGAUUGGCUUAUGAUAAUUCCUUCGAAUCUCUUUACAGACACAGAAUUAUGCCAACUAGUAUUUGAUGCGAUCGAGAUGGCUUUUGAACUUUCAAAUCUAGAAUUAAAUAAAAUUCCGAAAAAAAAAUAUCCAAUGUCGUUUUAUAAGAAUAAGGGAAAACAUUUAAAUAAUGAAUUUCCGGUAAAAUUUAAAAAAGCAGAGAGAAAGGUAUCAUUGGAUAAUGUAUUUGAACAUGAUCAUAGUAUUAAUGUUGGAUUUGAUAACUCUGCUGAAGAUGUAAAUUUCGUCAAGGAAAUUGCAGAAUUUGUUUUAUUACAUUUAACGCAUCACUUAGACAAUUUUUCACCAAUUCAUGGGCCUGCUAUGAUGCAUAGCACAUUGGUGGGACCUAUGGGAGCUGAUACAAAAGAUGAUGAGGCUUCAAAUAAUUAUCAUUAUUUUUCAUUUAACGAUACAACAAUAAUAACAUUAGUUGAAAUGCCAGGAAAAGAUUCAUCAGUAUCACGAAUGAUAAUUCGAGAUUUUACAGGAAAAUAUUCUUGGGAUUCUAAAUUAUUUUAUGAAAAUAUGCACUCCACCGAAAAUAAUUUAAUAAAAUCUAAUAACAUGAUAUGUGAAAAUAUGAUGUUUAGAUCAGACAUUAAAGUGGAAUCUAAUUCUUCCUUUGAUUCGUUCGAAGAUGAAAACGGAUUGCCCCAAAAUUGUCGAUCUGACCAAGUUAAUAUGUUGGAUAAUUUACUUCAACAUAUUGAUGAACAAACGUCAUCUGCAACAUUGAAUCAAACAUACCCGCCAAGUUCAACAUCAGGUGAUUUAUUGUUGCUUGAAAAAGAAUUAGAUCGUCAUGUUCAAGAAGAAAUUCUUUAUGAUAAGGCUAUAAACACUCAAGCACAAUCUUGGUACGACACUGUUGUUUCAGUAAGAAAUAAUACAUUACGAGACGAUAACAAAAGUUUUAAUAGUCUAUCGAGAAGUCCAUUAUAUUCGCGAUCAACAUCACAUUCAUCACUUGGGGCAGAUUUUUCAUUAUCAAAGUCAUUUUUACCAGUUUUACCACCAGUAGCUGAAAAACCUUCAGAAACAUAUCAACAAUGUAGAUUAUUUUUAAGUCAUUUUGGGUGGUUAACACCAGAAUCAUUAAAUGAUGGUACAAUAUGUGUAUUAAAUAAAGGAAGUACAUUAUUUAGAGAUAUAAGAUUAUUAGACAAAAAACAUGCAAGAGAAGUAUUUAAAUUUGCUUUAUUAUAUGUUGCGCCUGGACAAGAUGAUGAACAAAGUAUUUUACACAAUACAAGUGGAAGUGAAAAAUAUAAUGAGUUUGUACAGAGUCUUGGGUGGGAAAUUGAUUUAACUACACAUCCUGGAUAUCUUGGCGGAUUAGAAAGAAAUUGUUCAAAUGGGUUAACUGCCGUUUAUUAUUGCACUUCAACCAUCGAAGUAAUAUUUCAUGAUGCAACCAAAAUGCCAACUGAUCCAAAUGAUCCAAAACAAUUAAGAAAAAAACGACAUAUUGGAAAUGAUCAUGUACAUAUCGUAUGGAAUGAAAAUCGUAGAGAUUAUCGUAAAAGUACAAUAGGAGGAGAUUUUGGUAAUGUACAAAUAGUAAUAUCACCAUUACCCAAUGAAUUAUAUAGCGUGGAUAUAUAUAGAGAUUCAAAAAUACCACCGUUUGGACCUUUAUUGCAUGGUAUGGUAAUAUCACGUAAUGUAUUAGGGCCAUUGGUUAGAAUGACAGCAAUACAAGCAUUUAGAAACAGUUUGCAUAAUAUUAAUAGUAUUAAUUCAACUAUUUAUCAACAUUCUUAUAUGGAAAGGGCUGCUGAUAUUCAAAUGAUUAUGAGUAAAUAUAAAAAUAAUAAUUGUAGCACCUUUGAAGCUUUUAUGUCAAAAAUUUUUUUUAGUGAAGAUUUAACUGUAUAAUAAUAAUUUUCUUAAUUUUCUUUGAGAUUUUAAUUUACAUUAUAUGAAAAUUUGAAAAAGUGAUAUUUUUUAAAUUACAUUUACUAUAUAUAAUAAAUAAUUUUUUAGCUUAUUUUUAGCUUAUUUACUUUUUAAUUCUGAUUUUUCCAAAAAAAAAAUGCAAUAAAACAAUAAUGAAUUAUUAAUUAUAAUAAAAGCAUUUUAUACCUAUAUUUUUUUUCAAUUUAUUAGAUG